CAACAAACUAAUUUUCAUGGCUGAUAAAAAAAUGGAGACUACUAGGGUUCGAGAGAAGGAUGCGGCGGCCAAAGAGGACAGCGACUUUUGACGGCGGCAAGGGCUCAGGAGGUGGAUACCAGGGGUAUGGAAAGGUUGUUGAUGUAUUUGUGCCGAACAAGAGAGAUAAAUGGGGGAAAAGAUUUGGUUUUGUUCGUAUGGUAGGGGUGUUGAAUGAGUACAUAAUGGAGAAGAGGCUUAAUGAGAUUUGGUUUGGGUUUUAUAAGUUACGGGUGAGGAUCGCUGAUCGCCCAGUGAAGCAGAGUUUGGGGCAAGCAAAGAUGACAAGGAGCAACGCGAAUAGAUUGGUUCAACCUGGGCAGUCGUAUGCACAGGCAGUUGUGGGGACCAAUCAGAGGUAUGUCAAGAAACAGGAUAACGAAAAGGGAGUGCCUGAAAAGGAGAAAGGUAAGGUUCAGGUGGAGAUGGUCCCAGUGCAGUCAGUACAGCUUGAAAAGAAUGAGCAGGUUGGCUCAAGUGAUACGUUGCAGGGGCAGACGGGGACGACGGGGAGUGUAGGGGAUCAAGCUCAAGCGGCAACCAUUGAUUUCUCUCCGACGGAGGAGGAGAUACAUUGGCUGGAGGGGGGUAUGGUGGCAGUAUUAAAGUCAUUAAGGUCAAUUACGAGCAUACAGGAUACUGUUGAUGUGGAUGGAGGGUUGAUUUCAGUAACACCAUUAGGGGGCAGAUCAGUGUUGUUAACUGAAAAAGUGAAAGGUCACCUGGGUGAGUUCAUGGAGCAGAAUAAAGAAUUGUUCAACACAUGGUUUGAAUCCAUAAGGCCAUGGGCAAUGGCAUCUUCGCUGCGAAGUAGACUAGUUUGGUUGCGAGUUUCAGGCGUCCCGUUGAAAGUGUGGUGUGAUAGGUGUUUUUCGUUGAUCGGAGGAACAGUGGGUGACGUGGUGAUGGUGCAUGAUGAUACCAGAAAUAGAUUUUUUCUGUGUGAAGGAAGGGUUUUAGUUCUUUGUAGUGAUGAAUUCAAAAUUGCUAAGACUGUACAAUUGAAGAUCGAGGGCCAGUCAUAUGAGGUGGGGGUUGUGGAGGAAGAAUGGAGGUCAGAUCCCGACUGGUGGGUAUCAGACGGUGAGCGGCGGAGCUAUUCAGGAGCUUCAUCGGAAUAUUCCUCACAAAACGGUGACGAAGAUCCGGAAAUUAGUAUUGACGCGAUUAGCGCCGAGGAUGAUGAUAGCAUUGAUUUGGAGCCGUUUCAGAAGGAGGGAGUUUUGAAUUCAGAUAAUGAGGAAAUAAUGGGUCAUGAGGAAGCUGGCAUGAGUGGCGGGAUUGAGCAAUAUGAGAGGAUAGAAGACUUGCAUGGGCUGGUAAAGGAUAAUGGGUUGAUAGAUGUUAUUGGGCCGGGUUGUAAAAGCAUAAGGACCAAAGACAUAGUUCUAGAAGGGUCCGCACGUGAUAAGGAUGGUAAAGAGGGGAUGGGUAAAAGGAUGAGACAAAUUGCAGAUUGCUAUCCACAAGAGGGGAGAGAAAAUCGGGAAGAUCAAGCUGGUUGGGUGACUGGGCAGACGAAGCAGAGGCGUGCGAGGAGGGUGAAGGCACAACAAUUGCAAGUAGAAUCGGGAAGGAUGCAGCAGAUGCCAGCAGAAUCGGGAAGGAAUCAGCAAGAAGGAAGAAGUGCCUCGAUCUCAGAUGGGUGUAUUGCUCAUCGGAACCGUGUGAUUCAACAGGAUCUAAGUUUGCAAGAGAGGGUUGGGGGGUUCGGUGAAGAGGAGGGAACUGGGUGGAGUAUGAAGAGCUCGGUUGGAGCAUCUGGAGGGUUGUUGUGUGUGUGGAACAGGACAGUUUUUGUCAAAUUGGAGGAAUUUACAGGGGAUUGGUAUUUGGGUAUAAAAGGGGUUUGGGGGUCAAAAGAGGAGCCGUGUGUUUUUGUGAACGUAUAUGCUCCGAGUGAUAGAAGGAGCAAGGCUGCGUUAUGGGAUGAGCUGAGCCAGAAAAUUACAGAAGAGGGUGGGAGAUGGUUGUUGGCAGGGGACUAUAAUGUUGUCCGGUGUCUUGAAGAAAAACGGGGAAGGACAGGAAUGAGUGUAGAUAUGUCGGAGUUUGAUGCUUUCAUUGAGACAACAAGAUUGGUUGAUAUUAAGUUGGCCAAUCGAAAGUUUACAUGGUAUAGACCGGAUGGUACAUCCAUGAGCAGAUUGGAUAGGAUACUGAUGACUGUGGAGAUGUGCAGUAUGGGUGAGGAAUGGGUGCAGAAGGGGUUGGGGAGGAAUAUAUCCGAUCACUGUGCUAUUAUUUUGAAAACAAGAGUAGCAGAUUGGGGGCCUAAACCGUUUCGGGUGUUGGACGUUUGGCAGCAACAUCCAGAAUUUAAGAAAGUAGUUGAAGGCAAAUGGAAGGAGAUGGUGGUUGAUGGGUUUGCAGGUUAUAGAUGCUUACAGAAAUUAAAGAUGCUGAAGAAAUUUUUGAAAGGGUGGAAUAAGGAAGUGUUUGGGGAUAUAGAAGUUCAAUUUCAAGCUGCUAUGGAUAAGGUUGCGCAGAUGGAUAUGAGGAAUGAAGAGGCUGAUUUAGAAGGGGGCAAGUGGGUGGAGGAGCCAAAGGAGGUGAAGAAAGAGGUGGUCCGGUACUUUAGUAAGAUGUUUUCCGGAGAAUCAUGGCAACGUCCCAAGCCUGUUGGAAUCAAUUUUAAUCAGAUCUCGGAAGAGAAGAAGGCGGAAUUAGAAAGGCCUUUUUCUGUAGAGGAGAUUGAGGAAGGAUUGAAGAGCUGUGAGGGAACUAAAGCACCUGGACCGGAUGGAUUCAAUUUUAAUUUUCUCAAAUGUGUGUGGAGCUGUUUGAAGGAGGAUUUUAUGAGCUUUUUUGAGGAAUUUCACCAGAAUGGCAGGAUGGGUUUUGGAAUGAAAUGGCGCGGGUGGAUUAGAGAAUGUCUUUCAACCGCAAGGAUUUCGGUAUUAGUUAAUGGGAGUCCGACGGAGGAGUUUGUGAUGGGAAGAGGUUUAAGGCAAGGUGAUCCGUUAUCACCGUUCCUUUUUUUGAUAGUUGCUGAGGGGUUAAAUGGGUUAGUUAGGAGAGCUGAAACUGAAGGAAUGUUACAUGGCCCAGCAGUGGGUAAUAAGGGGUUAACUGUUUCUUUGCUUCAAUUUGCUGAUGAUACGGUGAUUUUGGGGAAUGCUGACAGUGAAAAUAUAUUUGCGGUGAAGACCAUUUUAAGAUGUUUCGAGUUGAUGUUUGGAUUAAGGAUUAAUUUUUCCAAGAGUAGUGUGGUUGGGUAUAAUGUGUCAGAAAGUUGGAUUAAAGGGGCAGCAAGUGUCUUACAUUGUGGUGUGGGGGAAGCUUCUUUUAUGUACUUGGGGUUGCCGGUUGGUGGGAAGAUUAGGUGUAAGAAGAUGUGGGAACCGGUUCUGAAAAAAUUUCGAGCCAAGCUUGCCAUCUGGAAGUCUUCCACGUUGUCCUUUGGUGGCCGCAUCACACUACUCAACUCGUUAAAGCGGCGAAUUCCUUGGGUUAAAUGGGAGUAUAUUUGUUGCAGUAAGAGGAAGGGGGGCUUCGGAGUGUUAGAUUUACGUAGGAAAAACUGGGCGUUAUUAGGAAAAUGGUGGUUCAAAUUAGGGGAUGGGGUGGAGGGUUUGUGGAAGAAGGUGGUGUGGGAGAAAUAUUACGAGGGAAGGGAAGAAGUAGAUAUUAAGGCUUUGGAGAGUGUGAGGGUAUCUCGAAUUUGGAGGGAUAUUAUCAGUAUAGGUAAUCGAUCUGGAAGGUUACAGGAUAUGUUGGUCAAGGGGUUCAAAUGGGGGGUAGGGGAGGGUUGUCGAGUGGGGUUCUGGAGGUCGGUGUGGGUGGGGGAGAAAGCUUUGCGGGAUUUGUGUCCUAGAUUAUUUCAGUUGGCUGUAAAUAAGGAGGGAUUAGUAAGUGAGAUGGGGGGUUGGGAGGCGGGUAGUUGGAGGUGGAAUAUAAUUUGGAGGAGAGGGAGGUUUGGAAGGGAGAAGGAUGAGGAGGUGAUGUUGUGGGAGGUGUUGAGUACAGUUGGUCUUAAGGUGGGAGUUGAAGAUUGCUGGCAGUGGAUUCAUGUUUCAGAGGGGAAGUACGUGGUGAAACAAGCUUAUGAGUUUUUGGAAGGCAUAAAUAUGACAUAAGGACCCAAACUUAUACAAAAUUCGCAAUGUUGGACCCAAACUUCAAUUGCACUCAAUUAAGGUCCCGAACUCCA